GGCAGCCGCCGGUCCUCUGCUGCGAGCUAAGGUUUGGAGAGUCGGUGGGGGGACCGCGAGUGGAGCGCGGGAGCCCGGGCGGCGAGCGGGUGUGAGCUGCCCGAAAAUGCACUCGGAUGCUGCAGCUGUCAACUUUCAGCUGAACUCUCAUCUCUCAACACUGGCAAACAUUCAUAAGAUCUACCAUACCCUUAACAAGCUAAAUCUGACAGAAGACGUUGGCCAAGACGAUCACCAAACAGGAAGCCUGCGGUCCUGCAGUUCCUCAGACUGCUUUAGUAAAGUGAUGCCGCCAAGGAAAAAGAGAAGACCUGCCUCUGGAGAUGACCUAUCUGCCAAGAAAAGCAGGCAUGACAGCAUGUAUAGGAAGUAUGAGUCCACGAGAAUAAAGCCCGACGAAGAAACCUUCUCCAGUAAGCGGUGUCUGGAGUGGUUUUAUGAGUACGCAGGAACUGACGAUGUGGUGGGUCCCGAAGGCAUGGAGAAAUUCUGUGAAGACAUUGGUGUUGAACCAGAAAAUGUGGUCAUGCUUGUCCUCGCUUGGAAGUUGGAUGCACAGAACAUGGGCUAUUUUACUCUGCAGGAGUGGCUGAAAGGAAUGACUGCUCUCCAAUGUGACACAACAGAAAAACUCAGAGCUACUUUGGAUUACUUAAGAUCAUUAUUAAACGAUACAACAAACUUUAAGCUCAUUUACAGAUACGCGUUUGACUUUGCACGGGAAAAGGACCAGCGCAGCCUAGACAUAAACACUGCCAAAUGCAUGUUGGGACUGUUACUAGGGAAAAUCUGGCCCCUUUUUCCAGUUUUUCACCAGUUCUUAGAGCAAUCAAAAUAUAAAGUGAUAAACAAAGACCAGUGGUGCAAUGUGCUGGAGUUCAGCAGAACCAUUAGCCUGGACCUCAGCAACUAUGAUGAAGAUGGAGCGUGGCCAGUUUUGUUGGACGAAUUUGUGGAAUGGUAUAAAGACAAACAGAUGUCCUAGGACUGUAUGCAUAGCAGCAAGAGAGUCACUGUUACCACGGUUACGUCACCCAUUAGCCAUAAACUGCUGUUUGUAUCGAAGCGCAUGCUGCUUUUCUUGCACAGUCUCCCUCCUGCAGGGUGUUUUGGUGUUUGCAAUUGAAUGGGCCUCUCUGCUUGCAGUGUAGCAUUGUUCUCUUGGAGGCUGCUCUGCAGUCCAUUUCACACUACAGAUUGGUGAAUUGGCCAACGUCCUCACUGUGAUUAUGUGUACAUUGCUGUUUCAAUUUUGUAUAUGUGUAUAAAAUGAAAAGCUUCACCUAGAGAUUAUUUCUGCAAAAAUGUAUUGUAAAAAUAAUUUUGUGGCAUAUUUCUAGUCCCUUUUUUUUUCCCCAAAUGAGCCAAUUAUACUUUAUUUGGUCUCAAAUGUAGCAUUUCAGAAAAUGUUGUAACUGUCCCCAUGAGCAGAUAUUGCCAGAAUUAACCUCAUUGCUUCUGGAAGAAGUGGGAGUCAUGACUUACAGUGGCACAUGCCAAAUCUGACUUGGUUUCCAUGACAAGUUGGGUAUUUUAAAGUGAUAAAAAGUUAUAACUAUUUGAGCACACAGACAUAUAACAUGCUACAAAGCAUUUCUAACACAAAACUAUAUAAGCUUAUGGGUUUCUUAAAUUAUUAUUUUCUUCAUUUUUUAAAUGUUAACAAUGUUAGUAGCUUGACCAUAGUAAAAUUGCUCCUUUUAAAUUUUAAAUUGAAGCUUAAGUUUCCCUAACCCUUUUGCUGUUUCUCCCUUUGUGUUCCUCUAGCAGUGUUUGGUCUGCUGAAGCUCCCUGUGCCACUGUAAGUAAAAUGUCCUUUGCCACCCCCGUGAGCCUACUGGCUUGCUGGCAGUUCAUAGCUGCAAAGCACUUUUAACUGUGUCUUGAGUUUCCAGUUACUCUUUUACAGUGUCUGUAACCUCCCAGGGUUUUGUUUUUGUUUUUGUUUUUUUAAAGACCACAAGUGAGAGCUGCUUUGUUUUCUGUCUUUGUUCUUCUGUGCUAGGCAUUUCCUGGCAGCAUGUCCAUUGCAGGCAGUGGACCCAAAACCACCAGCAUUGAGCUAACCCUGUUCACACUGGGACCUUUCCCAGAGGGGCCACUUGUCAUUCCCUGAGUCACGUGUUCAGAAGGGUGAUAGCCAUUAUGUGGAUAAGAAAACCAGAGCAAACACAACGGUGUUUCUAGGUUUGUAUUUUAUGUCUUUCUUUUGUUUGUUUGCCUUGCCCCUCUUGAGGAAGUGUGUAGUUAACAGGCUUUCCCCCAAUCAUUUGGUGCUAUGACUCACUCAGUCCCCGAAGUUUGUGAAAACCCAUCUGAAGACUUAGCCCAGUAAAGAGCUAAUGGCUUGUUUGCCGGGUGAAUGGUGUAGCGGGGUAAGAUCUGUGCCUGCCCAGGCGAGUGAUGACCAGAAGAUGUUGGGCCAAAAAAAAAGCCGUCUCCAUUAAAUGUGAACCUUUAAAUGGCAUUAAAUGAGUGAAGCACACAGACAAUGCUACCCUCGAUCACUGUUUCAGUUCCUUUCCAAAGUGUUGCGAUUUUCAUCUUAUUUCGUUCCCCGAUUGAACCGCCAAAGACAGAGAUGUUGUGUGUAUAUAUCGUGUGCGUGCAUAUACAAAACCGGGAUGUGGUAGAAUGCAACUACUUGCCUUUUCCUACCAAAUAAUGAGGUUUAGUUUGCUGUGAAAUAAACCAGAAGUUUUUUUUAAAAAAACAAAAAAGCAACAACUCAAUAUUGCUUUAGCUUCCCUCAUCGUCCCUUGUCUGUAAUCUCACAAAUUAGUAUCAGAACACAAUGUAAGCUUCCUGGGAAACCACAGCUGUUGAGACUGCUACGUGACAGUGGGGGUCCCGUGGAGGGUGAUUCCUUUUCAGGUGCACCCGAGGUGAAAGAAUCACUCUUGAGUUGGAUCAGCUGUUGAUUGCCUCAGUGCAAAGACGGAUCAUAGAUGGAAUUAUUUUAAAUGUUGCGUGAGAAUCUGGAGAAUGUUUUAAACACUAAGCACAGCGAUUCUGGGAAUAAAGGGUUGUUACUAGGGUGAAAAAUUGUAUUUCAUCCACAGUGAACAUUUUGAUGAUAGAGACUCAAGUAACAACCCUCAGGAUAUAUGGUAUGGAAACCAGCAUUCUGGAGGGGAUAAUCAAUAUUUGGAACUCCAAAUACUCUCUAAACUGCCGUGAGAACGGAACCUCUGUGACUGCUGCUUGCCCUUGGUUUUCUCAAUUCUGCGGAGCUGUUUUUAAGGGAGGCAGACCAAGUCAUAAGACACCUUUUCUUGAAGAAUUGCCAAGUCAUGCAAGUUGAACGAUCACCAAGAGCACUUAGGGCCGGCGUUGGAAGAAGUCGGGGGCCUUGGGGUCGCCAGUCCCUGAACUCCCCGCCUUUCCUCUCUUCACUUGUGUUCCAGCGUGCUGCAGUGCCCUCUGCUAGGGAUACGGCUUGUAGAUGUUUACACAGCACUAGAUAGAAGUCAGCUGGCUAGAUUUCCCAGGUACCCUGAUAGCCUUAGGCGCGCCCCUUUUGAAGUAUGAACUCUGAGUUCAGUAUUUAUAAGUCUAACUAGACAAACCUCUAGGUUCCUGUUUAACAAAUUUCUAUUGCCUCUGAGUCUCCACCUAACCAUACUUUUGAAGUCUAUACAGAAAGCUUUAAGAGUUUAGUUUGUGCCCUUGGUUUUUAUUUUUUACAACUGCUAAAAUACCUCUGUAAGCCUUAUCGUUUAUCCUUUCAUAUGUUGUAUAAAAUUGUAUAGAAUUCAUUGACCAACUGAUAAUGUUGGGUAUCUGUAAAUGAGACCAAAAUGUGGGUUGCUUUUUUUCAUCAAAUAAUUUCUCUUGGGCGUUGCUGUGAAAUGAACAGCAGCCAGCCUAUAACUGUGAAUGCCUUGUGUCGUCAGUAUUUGCAUUACAUUCAUGAAAGUGCAAGUCCUGUGACUCCCAGCUUAACUAAAACACUGUUAUGCCACCUAACGAGCACAGCAAACUGGUUUAGGUUCUAAUGGAAUUGAUGUAAAAUGAUAUUCCAUAAAUAAACAGAUAUUUGUGUUUGGUUUCAGAA